CCUCAUCCGACCUUCUCUCUUCUCUUUCCCUAAUUCUUUCGUUCUCACCAUUCGCUUCUCGUUUCUCGUUCCAUACUCUCGUUCUCGCUAAUCUGAGCUGUGCUCACAUACAAAACUAUACCUACUCUCGUUCCACAUUUCGUUUAUACCCAUACCUAAUCAAAAAUGAAGGGAGUCGUCGCCCUCACCCUUCUCGCCGGCGCCCUCAGCGCACCGACACCCUCCGACCUGACCGCGAAAGACCGUGCGUCUUCUUCCGUCCACAAACCCCGGACCUUCUUCGGCAGUGGCCUCGGCCUCGGCCUGGGAGGCUCCGCUAGUGCAGAGGGCUCUGCCUCGCUCGGUGCAGACGGGGGCCUCAACCUCCUCGGCGGCCUAUUCGGUCUCGGAUCUGGAUCCGGAUCCGCGUCUGCUACUGCUGGUGCUAGUGCAUCGGCUAGUGGCUCCGCUGAUGUUGGAGCGUCGCUUGGGGGCUCCGCUGGUGUAGGCGGAUCUGCUGGUGCUAGCGGCGCCGGUUCCGUUGAAGGCUCUGCUGAAGGCGAUGCUGAAGUUGGAGCAUCUGGUUCCGCCGGCGGUUCAGUGGGACUUGGAGCUGGGGUCAGUGGCUCCGCUGGCCUUGGUGGCCACGCCGGUCUUGGCGGACACGCAGGCCUUGGAGAAUCCGCGGGCGGAUCUGUUGGCGGUUCCGCUGACGGAGAAGGAGAAGUUGGCGGAUCUGAUUCCGCCGGUAUUGGCGCUGGUGGUAGCGCGUCUGCUGGCCUUGGAGGUCAUGCCGGGCUCGGCGGUUCGCUUGGCCUGGGAGGUUCUGCAGGGCUCGGUGGUUCCGCUGGUAUUGGCGGUUCUGGCGAGGCUGGAGGUUCCGUUGGAGGAUCAGCUAGCGGUUCCGCCGGCGUUGGAGGUUCCGGAGAAAUUGGCGGAUCUGCAGGUCUUGGAGGAUCUGUUGGUGGAUCCGCUGGCGCCGGCGUAUCUGGUAGCGCCGGCGGCUCGCCUGGAGUUGAAGGGUCCGCUGGUGCAUCUGGUGACCUCGAAGGAGAAGACUGUGUCAAUGGAACCGCUGGUGCUGGUGCUGGUGCUGGAGCCUCUGGCGAGGUUGGAGGCUCCGCAGGCCUCGGCGGAUCUGGCAGCAUCGGCGGUUCAGCUGGUCUAGGUGGAUCCGCUGGGAUUGGUGGUUCAGCUGGCAUCGGAGGAUCUGGAAGCGCUUCUGGCGAGGCUGGAGGCUCUGCAGGCGUCGGCGGUUCUGGCAGCGUUGGUGGAUCAGCUGGCAUUGGAGGUGAAGCUGGUGCCUCUGGUGAACUUGAAGGGUCUGGAAGCGUCAACGGAACCGCAGGCAUUGGAGGAUCCGCUGGUAUUGGAGGUUCUGGAAGUGCUUCCGGCGAGGUUGAAGGCUCUGCAGGUCUAGGUGGUUCUGGCAGCAUUGGCGGAUCAGCCGGCGGCUCUGCCGAACUUGGUGGUUCCGCCGGCAUUGGAGGAUCUGGCAGUGUUGGAGGUUCCGCUGGAGGGUCAGCUGGUCUUGGAGGAUCUGGACACGUCAAUGGAACUGCUUCUCUCGGAGGAUCGGCUGGCGCUGGAGUAUCUGGCAGUGCCGGCGGAUCUGGCAGCGCUGGUCUUGGAGGAUCCGGACAUGUUAACGGAACUGCUUCGCUUGGAGGAUCAGCCGGUGCUGGUGUAUCUGGAAGCGCUGGUGCCUCCGCUGGUAUUGGUGGUUCCGCCGGUAUCGGAGGCUCUGGCAGUGUUGAAGGCUCUGGGAGCGCCUUCGGUUCUGCCGGCAUUGGCGGUUCUGCUGGUGUCGGCGGCUCUGGCAAUGUCAAUGGAACUGCUGGAGCGGGAGUGUCUGGUACUGUUGGAGGAUCUGGCAAUGCUGGUGGUUCCGCCGGUGCUGGUGUCUCUGGAAGCGCUUCAGGUUCCGGUGAUGUGGAAGGCUCUGCCAGUGCUGGAGGAUCGGGUAGUGCUGGCGCAUCUGGUAGCGUCGAAGGAUCGGGCAGCGCUUCAGGCUCAGGUGAUGUUGAGGGCUCCGCUGGUGCUGGUAUAUCUGGCAGUGCUGGGGCUUCUGGUAGCAUUGAGGGAUCUGGAAGCGCCUCUGGUUCCGGUCAUAUUGGAGGCUCAGCUGGCGCCGGAGUCUCUGGAAGCGGCUCCGCCUCGGGUGACGUUGAGGGCUCCGCUGGCGCAUCUGGCAGUGCAGGAGCUUCCGGUGAAGUCGAGGGCUCUGCCAGUACUGGCGCGUCGCCCACCACUGGCGGAUGCACCUGCGCGGAAACUGGAACUUCCAGCGACAACGAUUUCGACCUCGAUGACCUGUAUGACCUCAUUGGAUCGUCCACUACUACCUCUGCACACGCCUCGUUCUCGACUAGCUGGAGCUGGCCUUAGGUCAGGCGCAGUUGCUCUUCCUGACGCUUUGCUUCGCAGGGCAUCCUUCUCUCUGCGCCCUCGUUUGUGAGGCGCUUACGCUCCUUAAUGUGCA